UUUGGCUACAUUUUGGUGACCUUGUAAGGAGGAUUAAACUACUUGUGUGACUGCCUGAUCAGAUUAGUCAUAAAGCGUCCACAAAUCAUUUUCUAUAUUGUUUUCAUUUUUGUCCUAGCUGAUGAGCUCAUUACUGUUAUGCACACAAGAUUAUUUGAAAUGCACCCGUUUCUUCCUAUUCGUUCACUCUUCAAGUUGUUUUACAUUACAUCUGCUUUCUGCACUCUAUUCAGACCCGAUGUUUUCCGGUUCAAUCAUGACGAUGUAGUUUGUGAGGGAGAUCACUACUUAUUUAACUGUGAACUCAGUGAAUAUUUAGCUGAUGGAGUAUUGGGGAUUUACAAGCUGGAAAAUGAAUUUAUCCCUGCUAAUUUGAGUGCCCGAGAGAAAGAGGUGGCAGAAAUUUUCAAAAAGGAUCCCUAUCCCAAUUUGGUCAUAUGGUCUCUAAGAGAGAUUUUCGAAGAACACGGAGUUCAUAAAUGGAAUCAAACUUACGAUCGAGAUCACAAAACAUUUAAAUAUAGAUAUGGACCAUUGACUCAAAAUGAUUCUGGACUUUAUUAUUGUCGUUUUAUUAUUCCUGGUGAAUAUUCGACUUUAAUGUCGACUUACAUGAAACUUGAAGUUAAUAUGAAGUGUCCUAAACCAUCAAUCAACUGGAUUCUUCGAUUAUUCCCAUAUUUCCUAUUUUUCGUCUUUAUCUCAUUGAUUCUUCAACUGGUUUGGCUAUGGAGACGAAAAUCUGAAAUUAUUACAUAUAAGUUGAUAAGUAUUGGACGUUCUAUAGAGUACUAUGAGUUUACUACAGGUGAUGCACAAGUAUCAAAUAACAAUAAUUCGGAUAAUAAUUCAUUUGAAAAUACUACAAGUUUAAUGUUAGACCCGAUUAAUAAACCUGUGAUUAAUAUAAAGACUAUUGUCACCCGUCGUCCACCGAAAUUUAUAAAUAAAAUUAAAGAACGAUGUACUACUAAUCGUUAUGUAACUUCACCAAGUCAACAACAAUUUUAUAAUAGGUUCACACAUGAAAAAGAUAUACAACGUUUAAAAGAAUUAGAUAAACUAUUCUUAUCCAAUUAUCAACUCGAAAAAGAUGAACAUUAUGAGUUCUCACGUAAAAAUCUUCAAUUAACAUGUCGAUUAGGUUCAGGUGCUUUUGGUAUUGUUUAUAGAGGUGUUGCAGAAAAUCUACCAAAUUGUGUUAACCCUAAUGAGAAAAUCGAUGUUGCUGUUAAAACUUUAAAAGAUGAUUUCACAGAAGAACAUGUGUCUGAAUUCUUGAUGGAAGUGAAUAUUAUGAAACAGUUGCGUCAUAAGCAUAUCAUUGAAUUUUAUGGAGUUUGUACGGAAAAUGGCUCACCACUUUUAAUAAUGGAAUAUGCUCCUUACGGGAAUCUCAAAGAGUAUCUACGUCGUCAUCGGGAAAUUUGGUUGAAUUGUGACAAUUUAUCUUUGAAACUCUUAAAUUUUGGAUGUCAGGUUGCUAAUGGUAUGAAAUAUCUGGAGUCAAAGUGUCUUAUUCAUCGUGAUUUAGCUGCUCGUAAUAUUUUGGUUGGUAAACAUUGUCAAUUAAAGAUUGCUGACUUUGGACUUACAAGAUUUGCUGAAAAUUAUUAUCGUAAAGUGAAAAAUGGUCGUGUUCCUUUAAAGUGGUUAGCUCCGGAAUCUCUAGGUGAUAAAAUCUAUACAAUUAAGUCGGACGUCUGGUCAUUUGGUAUACUAUUGUGGGAGAUAUUCACCCUUGGCUCAUCACCAUAUCCAAAUAUUAAUGUAACAGGAAUUAUACAUUCAAUUCAAUCAGGUGUACGUAAUGAAAAACCAUUAUUAGCAUCAAAUACAAUUUAUCAAAUUAUGUGUAACUGUUGGCAGUUUGAUCCAAAAGAACGAUUAUCAUUUUCAGAAUUAGUGAAUUUAUUAGAAUUACAAAUCAAUGAACAUGAUGAUCGUACUGAAAUUAGUGAAACAACUUCAGGAAUAUCAACAUAUCAUGAUGAUGAUAAUCAUAAUAAUUAUAACAGUGAUUUAUUAACAAAUAAUAAUGAUAAAAAUAAUAAAUUAGAUAUGAACAUUAGUAUUACGACUAAUGGAUAUGGUAGUUUUGAUUUCUCUGACGAUGAUCAACAGAGUGAUGAAUAUGUUCAUCAUCCUAUUUUGUCAACAGCAUUUACUUCAGUUUACUGUGAAAUGAGAGCCUAAUAGUUAUAAUGUACACUGUGGGGUUGGAAGUGAAGAAGCAUGAAAUGUAGAAGAAAAUAAGUGUUAUAUAUGUAUACAAUUGUGAUUAUCUGUUAUAACUACAUUUUUUAAAUGUCAUCAUUCUUGUGUUUAUUAUUAGUAUCAUCAGUGUUUCCGACCAUUAAAUAAAAGCCAUUUUUCUCAAAUUACAUGUUUUUCCCCACUCUUAAUAGCAUUUCACGUAGAAAUUCCUUGUCAGAUUGGUCGAAUAGACAAUCUGUACCAUUCGAAUUAAGUUUAUUAAAUAUGUUAGGUAAAAAAGUGUGAUUUUAAAAUUGAUUUCAUUAUCCAGCGCCGUACAUGUUCUAUCAUAUCAUUUUCCCUAUCUUGACAAUUCGCAGAUCUAUGGUUUACGUUAGUUCACCAACGUAUUAGGUUUUUUCUAAUAGAGCAGUGGCUUGAUGGCUAGGGCGUUCAACUUUCCACCACCAAGUCUGUGAUUCGAACCCUGUUACAACAGCAUUGGUUUGGGCAACCGGAUAGAAUCAUUGGCCCCCAUGCCUAGAAUUUGUCUCGUAUCAGGUGUUUGAUGAAUAAG